AUGGACGAUGAGAGAUCGAAUCCGGGGAAAGUCAGGAAGAAGUCAACCACCGUUCAUCGGAAAUCACUCUCCUGCGAAUACUGUAAUCGGUCUUUCGCUCGUCUCGAGCACCUCCAACGGCACCUCCGCACCCAUACAAAGGAAAAACCAUUCUCGUGCGAUAUAUGCUCAAAGUCUUUCGCAAGAAGCGAUCUACUUGUACGACAUGAGCGCCUAGUCCAUCCAGCCGAGGCGGCAGCCAAUCGAGAGAAUCGCAACCAUAGCCAUACCAAUCAUGAGGUCUCUCAAACCCAAGCAUCAAUAGUCCAACCAUCCCACCAUGAAUCUCGAAUGCUCGAGUUAGUCGAUGCUAUUCCGCUUCAGACCCAGCCAGUUCCUCCUGCUCCUGAAGUUCAGGUUCAGCCCCCUCCAAUCGUGGAGACGGCCCAUUUCAACCCUUCAUGGGGAUAUGAUUUGAACCUUCUUUCUCAUGCCGCGAGUCAUGUCGCUCUUGAGGGACAACAAGAAAGUCUAGAGACUCUUCGGAAGCCUUCGCAAAACAUUCAAGCGCCGCCGCCGCCGCCGCCGCUUUCUCAUAUACCAGAAAGAGGGAUCACUGAUAACUAUGGUGUUGAGCCUUCGAUUCUAGACCUUACAGAUUUAGGUGAUCCGGUUCAGGACUUUACCGUCUUCCUAGAAAGCGUCGGUCUCUCUUCGGACUGGGACUCCGGCAUCUUCUCUAGUGUAGAAGAGCCCUUAUUGCCAACUAGCCUACCCAUGGACUCGAAACCCCCAGCCCGUGAGAGUUCCAGGCUGGGCCCUGACUUAAUGGGUGACCCCAGACCUGCUGCCGAUGAGCCUCCAUCAUUCUCUAACUUUGGGUCUCGACUGCCAUCGCUCCAGCCGGAAGCCCACGAUGUGGAUGAUCGGCUGGGUUUUGGCGACGAAGGUCCACGACCGGCCUGGGAUAUAUCUAAUGCGGACCGGCAGGUUUUUAUUUCUAAACUGGAAGAGUUUGCCUAUGUCCUUCCAAAGGGGUUCGUGCCGCCGUCAAGGCAUGCUCUAUCCCGCUUUUUUGCUGGUUACAUAAAUGGCCUGAACGAGCAUCUCCCUUUCAUUCAUGUGCCAACAUUAUCCAUUGCUAAAUGUUCGCCGGAGCUAACUCUAGCAUUGGCGGCCGCCGGGUCUCACUACCGUUUUGAGAACAACCGAGGAUUUGAUCUCUUUCACGCUGCUAAGGCGAUCCUUCUAGAGCGCUUGCAGAGAAGAGAUAGUAAGCAGGUGCAGUUUCCGACUUGGAAUUUUCUAUCCCCUUCCUCAGGCUUUCACAAUUCGCGUGGGUCGUCGGCCAACUCCAACAGCCCGUACCAAUCCCACCAACAUCAGUCUUAUGUUCUAUAUCCGGUCGACUCCGCAAGCUUACCGCCUGAAGACUCGUAUGCGCAUAUGGAGGUGAUCAAGACUUUCUUGCUGCUCACGGUUUUUGCUUCUUGGGAGCGGCACCCUGAGCUUUUACGAGAAAUCCUGUCUCUUCAGAGCACAUUAGCCAGGCUCGUUCGAGAACAUGGUCUCACUGAGUCGAACAUUGGCGUGGACCCAAACAAUUGGGAAGAGUGGGUUCGGCGAGAAUGCAAUAGACGCACCAAACUCAUUGUUUACUGCUUCUUCAACCUUCAUUCUAUCAUGUACAACAUCCCGCCCUUGAUCUUGAACGCAGAGCUCAAAUUGAACAUGCCCUGCUCACAUGACCUCUGGAAGGCAAGCAGCGCCGCUCAAUGGCGUCGUCUUCUUCGCACCCGACAUGGUUCGGAGGUUUCUUUCCAAGAGGCUUUCACUAGGUUGUUCACAAAGUCGAACAUCACAAACACCGCACCUAUAUCGCCGCUUGGAAACUAUAUUCUGAUACAUGCGCUUAUUCAACAAAUCUUCUUCGCUCGUCAACUUUGCCUUUCUGCUCCAAGCCUGCAUGGAACGAGUCUUCGGCCAGAUGACUUGAAUAUCCUGGAUAGUUCUUUGGGCUCUUGGAAAGCGCUCUGGAAACGCACCCCUGAGUCGAGCAUUGAUCCGCAGAACCCGGCUGGCCCGAUUGCGUUCACAUCUACCGCUCUGCUAGGGCUGGCGUAUAUCCGACUGCAUGUUGAUUUAGGGCCGUGCCGCCGCCUCGUAACCCAAGAUCCGGUUCAGAUUGCAAGAGCACUCAAUGACUCGCCACCUAUCGCACGGAGUCCACGCCUCAUAAUGGCCCUUCUGCACUCUGCACAUGCUCUUUCAAUCCCGGUGCGCCUAGGCAUAGAUUUUGUGGCGCGAACCCACUCGUUUUUCUGGAGUAUCCAGCACUCUCUCUGCAGCUUGGAAUGUGCCUUCCUUUUAAGCCGAUGGCUACUGUCCAUACCUGUAACGCAAGCUGAACAAAGGCUGUCCGAGCACGAGAGGAAGUUGCUCCUAUGGAUCAAGAGCAUGAUGGAUGAAACAGACAUGGCUGUUGAUCCAGCAGGGGCACCUGACUUUGAUUUCAUUGCCAACCCUUAUAAGGCUAAGCAACUCAGUGUUGCUAUUGUCCGCGUAUGGGCAAGGACAUUCAAGGGGAAUACAAGCUGGGCUAUUGUGGAUUUGGUUGGGCAAAGUUUAGAUGCGUAUGCUGAUCUGCUGGAAUCACAGGUCUAG